AUGGCACCAAAGACAUCUUACUUCCGUUGUUAUUCUGCAAAGCCACGAAGUGGAGAUGUUCGUGCACAAACGAUGAAACUAAAUUCCUCGCUUACAGAUAGGAUAACAACGGCAGAAGCAGCAGCAACGAUAACAAAUAAGUACGGCACAGUUUCGCCGCGCUACGGAAAAUCAACUGCCCAACAAAACAAUGAUAUUAAUAAUAAUAAUAACAAUAAUAAUAAUAAUAAUAAUAAUAGUAAUAUUAAUGACAGGAAUUUAGUUUAUAAAACACCUUUGAGUUUAGUAGAUGGUCUCAACGGUGGUUCUGAUACGCCUCCUCUUCGGUAUCGUACAGAUUUAGAUAAGCAUGUUAUUCAUUUCGCCUUUCAACGUUUCCCACAUAGUAUUGAAAUUAUUGAAGAUGAAGAUGUUAUUUCAGGAGAUUGGAAUUUCUUUUGGAUGAACGUUAGUCGAAUACGAUCUGUCUUUUCCUUUUCUGAAUACCGCCUUACAGAUUCACAGAUUAUUAAUCACUUUCCCAAUCACUAUGAGUUAACACGUAAAGAUCUUAUGUAUAAAAAUAUUAAAAGGUACAUUCGAGAUCCUCUCAAUGCCCAUCUCUUUGUGCCUCAUACUCCACCAUCCUCUGCGCAGUUUCCGCAUAUUGGAGCGAAGGAAACGAAUCCCUCUUCUGAUGUUAACACUUUGUCUGAUAUGGCAGUGAUGCGAUUUGCAGAUUGUGUUCCGGUAACGUAUAAUAUUCCAAAUGAUCUGCAGAUGUUUGUAGAGGAGUUUAGACGACAGCCGGGGUGUACGUGGAUUGUAAAACCCACAGCCCGUUCACAAGGACGCGGUAUUUUUCUCAUCAAUCGUAUCUCUCAACUAAAGCGUUGGUUAAAAGAAAAACAAGAUUUAAAUGAGAUAGAUUUAUCCGUUUCAGGUAGCUUUAUUGUCUCUAAAUAUAUUGCAGAUCCAUUAUUAAUUGGUGGAAAGAAGUUUGAUCUGCGAUUAUAUGUUCUCGUCACUUCCUUUAAACCACUAGUGGCGUAUUUGCAUGAGGAGGGAUUUGCACGUUUCUGUGCCACGCGGUAUGUAGCGAGUGCCCUCAAUGAUGAUAAUCUUCACGCCCAUCUCACAAAUGUCUCUCUGCAGAAACGGGAUGAGGCGUAUAAUGAUUCGCAUGGUGGGAAAUGGUCCUUGGCGAAUUUGUGUUUAUUCCUGCAUGGUCGCUACGGUGCGGCGUGUGCGGAUGGACUUUUGCGUAGUAUUGAGUUUGUGAUUCAACACAGUCUGCGGGCUGUGGCACCGGUGAUGUUUAACGAUAAACACUGUUUUGAGUUAUAUGGAUAUGAUAUAUUGAUUGAUAGUUCCUUGCGGCCACACUUAAUUGAAGUGAAUGCCUCCCCUUCUUUAUCGACCACAACAGUCUCGGAUCGAUUGUUGAAGGAAUCGGUGUUGGAGGAUGUCCUGCGGGUGAUAUUCCCACCAGGAUUUCCAUCACCGCAGGCAAUGUCGUAUUGGGAGUAUAGAGUACGCACCGAUAUGACCACCGCACUGCCAACGGGAUUUAGAUUACUGCAGGAAUAA